AUGCGCCUGCACCUUGCGAUCUUGCCCUGGCUACCUAUCCUCAUCGGGGAGGUCCAUUAUGUCGCUUCCCAAAAGCUUACCACCCGAGUGCCUAUACCUCCUGAACAAUGCGUCAUAGCAGAGACUUGGCCAGCUGGUCCAGGUCAGGCUCUUGUACCGCAGGCUCCCGACGCAGAACUUCGACAGAUACUUCGUAGUGUUGAUCCGAAACGCAUCGAAUCCAUUAUCCAAAAACUCGUUUCGUUUGGCACACGACAUACCCUUUCCAACCAGACUGAUCCCGUCAGAGGUAUCGGUGCCGCGAGAGACUGGAUCGCCUCAGAAAUGCGGUCAUUUGCUAGAGCCUCGAACGGGCGAAUGACCGUGACCGUCCCUAGCUACGUCCAAGUACCGGCGAACCGCAUCCCCGUUAACACCGUCAUCAGCGACGUCGUGGCUACUCUCCGAGGCUCAACCGAGCCCAAUCGCGUGUAUGUCAUUUCAGGGCAUUACGAUUCCCGCAGAACGGAUGUCAUGGAUUUUGUCAACGAUUCCCCUGGGGCGAAUGACGAUGCAUCCGGUGUCGCUACCGUCAUGGAACUCGCUAGGGUCAUGGCUUCUCACCGGCCAGCUGCGACCAUCGUUUUUGCUGCAGUCGCGGGCGAAGAGCAGGGCUUGUUUGGCUCAAACUUCCUUGCGCAAACGCUGGUGGACUCCGGAGUUGAGGUUCAGGGGAUGCUGAACAACGAUAUCGUGGGGAGCUCCACUGCAGACGACGGCACUCGUGACCCAUUCGUUAUACGUAUGUUCGCGCAGGGUGUUCCCUCGAGUGAAACACCCGCUCAAGUCUCGACAAGGCUAUCCAUCGGUGGCGAGAACGAUUCGCCAGCAAGACAGCUAGGCCGGUUUGUGCAUGAAGUUGCUACGAAUGAUGCCACCGGGAUGUCCAUCCAAAUGAUAUAUCGCCAGGAUCGAUUCCUCCGCUCAGGAGAUCACGUCCCCUUCCUUCAGCGUGGAAUAGCAGCAGUCCGAUUCACCGAGCCUCACGAGAAUUUCAACCACCAGCAUCAAGACGUUCGCGUUGAAAACGGCACUCAAUUCGGUGAUCUUAUCGAAUUCGUCGACUUUGACUUCAUAGCACGUGUUGCGAGAGUAAACGGCGCGGGAUUGUGGUCGCUGGCCAACGCGCCUGGCACGCCCAAGAAUGUCACCAUCAAUACGAGUGCGCUCACGAACAACUCCACGCUGACUUGGGCCCUGGACGAUCAUGCGAACGGGGGUUACGAAGUCGUGUAUAGGAAUCCUCAUGAGCCAUUUUGGACCCAUGUCGUUCCAGUUGGACGCAGCAACACAGCGUCGCUCAAACUGUCCAAAGAUAAUGUUAAUUGGGGUGUAAGGGCUGUGGGGUCUAAUGGAUACAAGAGUCCAGCAACCUUCCCGUUUCCCGGUUAG